AGCCUAGCAUCCUGUACCUUGUACGGAGUACACAAGUCAAUGGAUCGUUGAUGUUGUACAUGUACGACUGGCUCCCAGUAUAUAACCUCUCCCCCUGCGCUGUAGUAUGCUUGGAUAGAUCUUCUUUCCCAAAGUCACUCAUAGUGCAAUAGCGAAGCAAUGCGGACGACUAUUGAUAUCCCCACCGACGCAGCCCGCGUAUUCUCCGUCCUCGCCCAAGGCGGGAUAGGCAUCAUCCCCUCCAGCGUCGGCUACGGGAUAAUAGCCACAAAGGCUCCCGCACUUCAGCGCAUCUACACAGUCAAGCGUCGCCAGCCCCAUAAGCGCCACGCUAUCAUAGGCAGCUACGCGCUCCACCGCGAGAUCCAUGUCCUUCCGCCGGACAAAAUGGAUCUCGUGCGCUUGCUGACCGUGGAUCUCAACCUCCCGCUUGGGGUGAUCGCUCCGUUCCGGCAUGAUCACCCGUUAAUCACGAGACUAGACGCAGAAACGCUGUCGGCGAGUUUGAUGGACGGCACGAUGGCCAUGCUUGUCAACGGGGGUCCAUUCCAGGAAGAGUUGGUACGGGUGGCUGCUGCUGCCGGCACGGCGUUGCUAGGUUCGAGUGCGAAUCUCACCGGGCAAGGGACGAAGACGGUGGUGGAGGAGAUUGAGGAGGAGGUUCGCGAGGCGGCGGAUAUUGUGGUUGAUUAUGGACGGGUGAGGGACGGUUGGCCGCGGGCGAGUUCGACCAUGGUGGAUUUUGAGAGUAUGCGGGUGGUGAGGGUUGGGGCUUGUUAUGAGGUUAUUCGUGAUGUGGUGAAGAGGUUUGCUGGGUUGAAUUGGCCGGAGGGUCCAUUGAUUUCCGGGAGAUGAGUAUCUACGGUGAAGAUGAGGUUAUUGUUGUUGCUGAAAGACUGGUCAGAUACAUCUUAUGCUGCACCGUCAGUACUCGUUCAUUUGAGUGUAUUUCUAUGCGCUCGUAUAGCAUCGUAUCAUCGUAUAUCAACCAAUUAGUAUCCCCAAUGACC